AUGGUCGAUGGCUCUCUCCCAGAACUCCCUACCGACGUUGCCGCCAGAGUCGUGGCUCUGCGCGGAGCAGCCGAUUCAUUUUGCAAUGCAGCCAAGGACGGAGUACACUCUGAUCCCUUACUAGAAACAGAACGGGUAACCAUCACUGGACCUCGUGGGGACAUUGACCUGGUCAUCAUUCAACCAAAAGGAGCCUCAACCACCGCUAAGCGACCAGCAAUCUAUUUCAUACAUCCCGGAGGCACAAUUACCGGCGACGAGUACCUUAGCAUCGACUUACCUAUAUCAUGGAUGAAGGAAAUCGACGGCGUCCUCGCUACUGUAAAGUACAGGUUGGCCCCGGAGAACCCUGGACUCGCUCCCUUUGAAGACUGCUGGGAAGGCCUCGUCUGGUUCGCAGAGCAAGCUGAUCGAUUCGGAUUUGACCCGGAUAAGCUGUUCAUCGGAGGAGUCUCUGCUGGCGGUGGUCUUGCUGCUGCAACAGCGAUAAUGGCCAGAGACAAGGGAUUCCCCAAGCUGUGUGGCCAGAUACUGGUCUGUCCUAUGUUAGACGAUCGUGCCACCACUCUCUCUCACAAACAAUAUCUUCAUCAUGGACCUUAUUCCGGAGCAUCGGAUGAGUUUAGUUGGGCAUGUCUGUUAGGCGACCGCCGUGCGACCGACAACGUCUCCAUCUUCGAGGCACCGGGUCGAGCAACCGAUUUGUCGAAUCUUCCUCCUACGUAUAUCGAUGCCGGGUCUGCCGAGCCAUUCAGAGACAGUGUUAUCGCAUAUGCGUCCAAGCUGUGGGAGCAUGGCGUACAGGCUGAGUUGAUGGUGUUUGCCGGCGGUAUGCACGGGUUUGAGUUUUAUGCUCCGGAAGCAAGUGUGUCGAAACAGGCCGGCGAGGCAAGACUGCAGUGGCUGCGACGCUUUAUGGCGCAGCUCAAGUAA